GACAGACUCCCACAUCACCAGAUCCCGCCGCUCUCUGGUCUUCACUAGCUGCACGCUCUGCUUUUAGAACACUACCAAUUCCACCUGUUGCUCAUUUAUAUACAUGUGGCAGUGAUUCAUUUCCUCUCUUCACUGGUCGCCCUCGACGCAUCUCGUCUUGACAUCCACCGUCGCUCUCCUGUCUCGGGUCUCACGGAACUGAGCGAGAUCUCGCCAUCCAUUCACACUCUGAACCUCAAGGCUGUCUACAGCACCAACCUAAUCAUACUGGGCAAAUCCGAAGCACCACUUUCACCAUGUCCCUCAACCUAGAAAAGCAACUCACCUUUUAUGGUGCUUACCACUCUAAUCACGUUAAUGUAGUCAUCCACAUGAUAUGUGUACCUUUAAUCCUCUUCUCGGCCUUUGAAAUUGCCUCCAACUAUGGACCGUUCUUCACACUCCCCUCCUGGCUCCAGGUACCUUACCUAGAGCCAAACCUGGGCACCUUCGCGGCUCUGACAUGGGGCGGACUAUACGUUCUCCUGGAGCCGGUCGCCGGCACCGCAUUGGCGCUCAUUUGCCUCGGUGCUUGCGCAUUCACCAACUAUCUCCGCAUUGCCGACCCAGUCUUGACCACCAAGGUUGCCAUUGUCGUCCAUAUUGUGAGCUGGCUGGCGCAGUUCCUCGGCCACGGCAAAUUUGAGGGCCGUGCCCCUGCCCUCCUGGACAACCUCUUCCAGGCCAUCUUCCUCGCUCCGCUGUUCGUCUGGCUUGAACUCUUGUUCAUGCUGGGCUACCGCCCGGAGCUCAAGACGCGCGUGGAUAAGGCUGUGGCGGUUGAGAUUGCCAAGUUCCGGGAGAGCAGGAAGGCGAAGAAGGCGCAAUAAGGGAACUUCGGCAUCCUUUACCGUCCAGCUGCCAGAUCAGGAGAGUACCCCGAGGUGAAGAGUUGGAUUUAUGUCAGGGGCGGUUUCAGGGGUAGAGAGGUCAUGCAACCAUGUCAACGACAGGCAUGAGUAGCUGUGACUCGACUCUGAGGUUAAUGAUAUCGUGGACGACGUUUGAGCGGGCUUUGAACUGGCCCGCGUCUUUAUCACGGUCUUGUAGCGCAAGACUUGCUUGUUAAACAUGUGGUUCAAUGAUUGAGAUGUGGAAUCGCUGCUGAGGUUGUUAGCGUUGAUCCCAAACGGGAGUUUUGAUAGUCUAUAGACUUUUACUGUACAUUACAGAAUAAUAAUACUGUAAAUGGCC